AAAGGGGCCAGGUUGUUUCAUUGGACCCUGCCCAUCUGUCCCGAUAGUUUUGUAAUUUUCCUUGAUUUCAAAGCUGAUUAAGUCUUUUGGUUGUUGUCUACAGAGGAGACAAAACCAAAGUAUGAUGCAAAGGAGGAUGACUACAGGGUAAGAUACAUGUAACAACAUCAUGGUGAAUGUUUAAAGCCUUGAGCCUAACUGUUCAUCUCCUAAUGGGCUGGUCGUUUAUUACCUGUCAGAGAGGGCUGGCUAUUUUGAGAAACCUUAGAAAUAAGAAGAUUUUCAAACCAAUCCUUAAUUCAUCCUUGCUUUUUAGAUAUGACCCCCCAUAAAUUUUACAUAAUUUUAUAGUGAAAGAGAGCCCCAACCAAUUGCUGUUGAAAAUACGAAAAUUAUAGCUACAAAUCAUGCCAAAGUUCCUCACAAACUUUAUCUCAACAGUCUUAUAAGAUUGGUGUUUACUAUUUACAUUUGUUACAUUCAAUUUCAAUUUAUGCUUGUUACUUGUUUGUUAAACCAAUCAAAACUUUGAAAAUGACUCGGGAGGAAAAUGGCUGGUCCCAUGUAAUAAAUGACCAGCCCCUAAUGCUAAGAGCAGACUUGAAAUUUGAUUCUAUAAAUAAAUAUCAAACAAACUGCACCAUGUGAAAGUUCUCCUAAACGAGCUUUCAUUUGAUUGGUCAUGGUCUGGGAAAUUUGUAUCCGUAUCAUUUGGAGAAAAUUCCUUUCCAAAGUUAUCUUUCAUAGUAAGUAGCUUGCAAACUAAAAACAACCUACUAAACUGCUGUGACACAGUCCCUUUAAGACUAUGAGGACUCUGCAUAGAGCAGUGGGAACAUUGUAUGCUGAUCUUGUAUGGUUCAAAAUGCUAAAUUAUUUAUUUCAUUCACAGCGGCAAAUCUUGGACCUGACUUCAGUCCUGACCAACAAGCUGGAUUUUCUAGAAGUCUCACGAAAGGGUGUAUCAAACUUGAAGAUACUUCUCAUUGAAAUGGAGGUAAAUUUGUAGAAAAAGUAGUUUUUGUGAAAAAGGCACCACAAGAGAAGUUUAAAAUGAUUCUUCCCUUCUCAGUACUCAACAGAAUGAUAGUUUCUACACUUCACAUUCAUAUUUCAAACAAUCUCUAAAUGCUAGUGAACUGAUUGUUAAAAGGUCAGGAUGCCAAAUAAUUGUGAAAAUUCAUUUUGUGUCAUACACAAAUGAAAGUAACAAUUGAAUACAACAAUGAAGGGGUUUAAUUCAAUACAUCAUAGUUACACCUAAUGUACCUAUAGAUUACCCUGUGAGCAGAGUCUCCUUCGAUCUUCCUAGAUAAGUCCCGACCUAUCUAAGCUUAUCUAGGAAGAUCGAAGGAGACUCUGCUGGCAGGGUACUAUAGAAUAGUCCAGAUUCAGAUUUGUCAUGGCCACUGAAUAGAAACACUGAAGACUCAUUUAUACAGGGUUAGCCUCAACCUAAGGUAACUAUAUUCACAAAUUCCAGUCAGAAGAAGACCAAAGUACAACUGUGUCUAUUGUCUUAAGCUCAAAUUUAGGCAUCUUCUUGCCGGUAUUUGUGAAUAUUUUACUUUCGGUCGAGGCUAACCCUGUAUAAAUGAGUCAUCAGUGCUUUUAUUCAGCGGCCAUGAAGACUUUCGAAACUGGACUAUUGUCCCUGCAUGUAGAAGACAGAACUUCAUUACAUGACACGUAUCUGUUGUAUUUCAUCUUUAUCCUUGGUCCCAAUUUAUUUUCCUUGGUGUAUUAAUCCAAGGAUGCUUCCUAAAGUCACAACUGGGCUUGGCAUUUUGAAAAUGAAACAGGCAUUUAGUGUUUUCGCUGGUAACCUGGAUCAUCCUAAUGAACAGUGGAAUUCUCUGUGUGAUUGGACUGAUCUUGCUGACUAAUGGCCUUAUCUCAAACCAAGGAGGGCAGAUUACAAGUCUGUGUAUUGUGGGAUAAACAAUAUGAGACCCACAUAGUUAGAAAGAGCACAUUGAGUUUUGCAAAAUCUCAAGUUUUGUGUUAAUUGGGCCAAUAUUGAACGGCACGCUGUCCAGACGUGUAUGCAUUUCUUAGUGAAUUUUUGGGGGGUUUUGAAUGCCUGUAUCUCAUUGAAUUUCGGCCCAAUCAACACCAAACUCAAGGAACUUGUAAUUCUUGGUUUCCUCUUUCUGAUUCUGUAGGUCUCUUGUUGUUAAUCCCAUAAUAAUCAGACUCAUACCCAGAAGCCCUUGGUUUGAAAUUAGGCAAUGGCAAGUGCCCUACGUGACAUUCAUUAGCAUACCUAAAACCAAAGCACCUUAACCCUUUUAAACCCUAAGAUCAAAUUUUUAAUUCUCAUUUGUUGCCCCAAUUCAUUUCCUACAGAAGUAGUGGGGAGAAGUUGAUAAAAUAUCAAGCAAAUUCAUCUUGUGUGAUCAUGCCUGUAAUUCUCAUGACCACUCUGUUUUACAAAGCAUUGAUAUUACAAGGAGAAAUUUGAUGCUGAUCACUCCUAGGGUUCAAAGGGUUAACAUCUAUAUAACUAACUUUGGAAAUGAAGGGGUAUUCAAAAACUCAAGAUUUUAGUCAACAGUCAUGUAUUUUCCUAUCAUCUUGAUGUUAACUGUCAAGAUCAGUUAUGUUCGAAGAGUAAUGGUUUUGGGCUUUGCUCCCUUAUAGUCCAUUCAAAAACUCAUUCAUAAUUCAUAAAGAAAAGUAACAGAAAUUAAUGUUUAAUGAGUGUCCUCGGAUCUGAUAAAGACACGGCUAAACUUAACAUCCAAUUUUUUAUACAAAAAUAACCCCAAAUCUAAAUAUUAGUGCAAGAAUGAGUUGAUCUAUAUAAGAGACUUUGAAGCCCUUCAAAAACCUCGCUGUCAUGUAUUAUCAGUUUUAAAAACUCUCAGCUUCUCCUCAAGUUUUUAAACCAGAUAAUACACUCCUUCCCCUUUUAUAAACAGUAUGUAACUUAACGUUUGCAGACAAGAAUCAGUGACUGGCGAGAAGGAGCUCUGGACAGCCGCCACUUGGUCGACAAGCUCUUUGACGCUGACAAACAACUUAAGGAAUAUGAAGAGUCUGCUGCCCCCCCUGGCUGGACGUGCCAUUGGGACAGGUACUGUAUCAGUCUUGUGUUUUGCCAGGGGGGUAAUCUUGCCUGUUUGGAGCAACAGGCAUGGAUCCAUCAUAAUGAACUGUUGUCAGAGAGAAGAGACUUUCGGUACAACGUAUUGUACUGUUUCGACUUAACCACCUCCUAAUGGAUCCUCUGCAAAUGUUUCCCUUUACCAUCAUCUUUAAGAAGUUCAGCGUUACUGUGAAAUACCUAACAAAUCAGAAACUACUACAUCUACAUCUACAUAAGAUUUAAAGUCCUACAAAGGGGGGUACCCAUCACUGCAAGACAUUGUAGUCACUGUAGUCAACUUCAUGGAUGUGAGUGUAAUAUUCAUGUUCAUGCACUUUCCUGCUGUUCACCUUGUGCAAAAUGAUCUCAGACGUGUCUAUUUGUUCUUGUGGCCUAUUAAAUAGCGUCUCAUUCCUGUUACUUGUGUUUAGCUCACUUACAUUGUAAUGUCAUGUUGUGAUGCCUUUAUGUGUUCUGUGUGUGCGUGUCAUUAGUAAUUAUGUUUGUUCUUUGUUGUAAGGUAUAAAGUGAAACCAGACACUAGUAACGUCUCACUCCCUAAAGAGGUCCAAGUCAAAAUUUGACAACGUUUCCAAAUUUUAUUAGUUAAAUUCUGAAAAACAAAUAGCGCCUUGUGAAAGUAAUUAUUGACAGAAAGGUUCCGUUUGAAUGGUCACAACGUAGGAUUUCGUCCACAGACCAAAUAGUUAGAAUACAAAGUGGUUUCGAUAACGAGUUUAUUCAUUCGAUGUGUAAAUAGGUCCACGUACCGGUGCUUGGCUCAAAAAACGAAGAAUAUUCACCCCGAAUGUUUUUCUUGUUCAUGCGCAAUCUAUACGUGAAUUGAAGUGAACAAAAUUUUUGUAUCGAAACGACCAGUUCCCGUUAGAAUACUUUACAAGACUCCAUCACUGAACCCCAGAGUGAAAUGUUGAAGCAGUUUUGGCGGACUUUCUGUUGACAGUGAUUCCGGAUUCUGACAACUGGCUGCCAUUUGGAGGGUGGCUGCUUAAUAGGAGGCCACCGUAUUUGACUGUUGACAACAAGACGAUUUCAGUUUUAAUUGACGUAUUAAAUCAGUUACUUUGUGAAAUGGAGGAGAGAGAAAGGAUAAACGGACAAAACUGUACCUUUUAUCGGUUAAUCUGAAUCUUUGUUAAAACGAUGAAGGCAUAAAUUAUUGGUGAUUUUGUUUUUGCUUAAAUACCUCUGGAUCAGUGCUGUGUCAAUCUGUGAUUGUUUGUUUGUUUGUUUGUUUGUUGAUACAUCUCUUCAUAUGUGUGUCUGUUGCCUGUCUGCCUCUUUAUGGGUCUGUUCGUUUGUUGGUCUCUGUCUGUCUGUCUGUCCCUCUUUCUGUGUGUCCGUCCGUCCGACUGUCUGCCCGUCUGUGCGCCUGCCUGUCUGUGUGUUUGUUUGUCUGUGGUGUAAUCUAUCUUGUGGCCUCGAAAUCCCGUGGCACGUCUGGAUACUGGACUUAAACCGUGUGGCUGUCAGCGCAAGACCCACAGCACAAGUCAAGAAACAAAGUCGGACAAUAUCAGGUCAGUGGGAAUCUGUAUGUAUACACCUUGUGCUCCUUCUAAUGUAGGUAAAUAUAAGAGAUUUUCAUUGUACUGUUUAUUGUGUUGGUAAUAGAUUCUUGAUUCAGUGUAGAAUGCAAGGAUCAUUAUUGCCAAAGAUCUUAGCUCGAGCACUUUUAUUGAUUACUGAAGUCAUCUUUCGUUCGACACCUCUUCAAGGUAGGCAAACCUUGAGCAAUGGGGGAGUUGAUUCUCUCUACAGAACAUUUACUUUGGUACGUGACACAUUAGAAUGAAAGAUGAUAUUCAACUCGAUAUCAGUGCUCGCCAUAUAAUUAUUUUAUCAAUAGAAGAUGUCCUGUCAGGAGAUCAACUCUCAUUCUUCGGUUUUUUCAUUUGUUUGCUUCAACAGAAUACACAAGCAUUACUACUACACAAACAAGGUAACUGGUGACUCGCAAUGGGAAUAUCCCGCAGAUGAGUUUGGUGGGGAUAUGGAUGUAGACGCACCCUCAGAAGAGACAACUGGGGAGAUUUCAGUAGCCCCCCUGGCACCACCACCAGCAGCAGCACCAAUAACAGUAACAAACAAACAGGAGAGUGCCCCAGUUUGGAGCUAUCCAGGUGAGAUUGUGUACCUCAUAUUACGACACCAUUAAAAGAGCCGUGUCACGGAAUUUAUCGAAAUUCAAACAGGGAGACACGUCUUGUUUCAGCAGUUUCAUUAACAUCAUACAUUUUUGCGCGUGAUUCUUGUGUACUGCGAGGGAAUUUCGUGUCAACCAAUUAGAAGCAGUACCCAGAUCUGUGAACUGACGCGUUACAGUAUGACAUUUUUGCGCUGGUUCCUGUGGUGGCGUCAACUGUUUCCUCAGGCUACUGGAGGCUGCAUGGUUUUUCAGAUGCUUUAACGUUAACACAUUGAAACAAGGCUAGUUUUAUCACAAUGAAGUUCUUUUUAAAGUUUCUGUUUUUCCCUUUGUCAGCAUACGUGCCGAUGGUUCAAGCACCAGUGAUGCCGGUUGUCAUGGCGACAGCCCCUGUGGUCUCUUCAUCAGUGAAAACAGGUAUGUGAGAACACCUUUAACACCAACCCGUGAAAUAUCAGAAAACCUAAGAAAGGCAUUUCUUGAGCAACUUGGGGAAAUCAUUUGAUUGUUUUAAUGCAUUUGUCUCUAAAAGGUAAUAUUACAGUUGCUCUAUUUACUGCAAGCACUGAAUGUAGCUACACCUGCAAAUGUAUGACUCAUCCAGAGACCAGAGACCAGAGAAAUCUGAAGUUGAGUUUUAGAGGAGAGCUAAAAUAGUUGGGUAGACUUGUUUUACUCAGUUUGUUUACUUGUUUUAGAAACGUUUGUGAAUCCACCAGUUCCUGGAACGGAUGGAGGCUCCGAGGCAAUUCCAUUUACUGCUUCGUCGUAUUCACAAGCAGAUGACGAAUCCCCACCACCUCCUCCAGGUACUUUUAUUGUUAAAACGUUGAUGGGUCAAUAAAAGAUCAAAGAGCUGUUUUGUCGCCAAUUGUUAUCACAGGCAAAUGUUGACAAGAUAUUUUAAACAUGUUACCAUGACCAGUGUGCGUGUAUUAAAUGAGAGGUGCACUUUAUUUCUCUUGAAGUAAGCUCAACUAUUGUCUAUUUGAACGUUUGCUGAUCUGAAAGGAAAAAGUGUUUUUUCAUAUUUGAAAGGUUUAAAGGGCUGCUACAAUAAGUUCCAACUUCCCCCCUCUUCUCCCAGGUUGCGAUUUUACGCGCUCUCGAUAUUUUUUCCGCUGGCUCUUCUGUUUCUAAGGAAUUUAAGGGACUACUUGCCUUCGAACAGGCUCUCCUGCAGGGGAGCGAGCGGAGUGGUCGCGGAAUUUUGUGGAGCUUAAGCAAACACUUUUUUACGCGCAUUUUGACCACUUGCGCACAGCCCAGCGUUUGAGCAAAAGCGUUUUGACCUUCGAUCGUUGUUGCCCGAACUCCGUAACCUUUGGUUAUUACUAUUAUUUUUUAAAUCAGUUAAAAUGACGACUGGUAAAGUCCUUUUCUAUCUUUCUCUACGUUUACAACCACGGCUCACCUGUACAUAACACUAACAUUACAUUACGAUUCAAUUAACCACAGGAACCGACGAUCUUCCUCCUCUUCCACCGGUCGAAUCCUCUGCACCACCACCCCCACCCCCCGAACCAUCAGAGGCCCCACCCCCUCCUCCCCGGGACGAUUUACUACCAAAUGUAACAGCCACAACGGUACCAUCGCCAUUUGUUAGUGGACAACCAACAGUUACGACCUUACUAAGCAAGCCUGCGCUGCAGGCUCGAUCUCUUGUGGAUUACUCUGAUUUGGAGACUGCUAGUGCAAGUCCCCCUCCUUCCUUUGCGACUGAAGCUGUGUCUCAAAGUACUGGAACUCCAGCACAGGUAAUGUUUUGUGAGAUUCCAAAAUUGCCUUCAUUUUACUUGCUCUCGCAUCGAUACCAUAGACCCUUACUGGCUUACGUAAGGGUUUCUGAAAACCAUGAUCCGAGAAAUUGCUCCAUCCGAUAGUGAAUUGGACUAGCUUAGAAGACAAACAGUGUCGCAAGACUGAUACAAAAUUUGCUCCCCCCCGCCCCUCAAUAGUCCAUAUAAUCUUUGUAUGAGUCCCCUCUAUUGAUGGGACAUCUCCAUUUGGGGAACAGGUGUCCUGAUUCCGAGGGUGUCCUCUGAAUGGUGACUCCACCGUAGUUCGAAGUCGAGACAAAUAGCGUGAACAUAUUUGCAUUGCUAACGUACAGGGCAGAGAGGAUGGUGUGAAAAGUUUUGGCCAGUUAAAGAGGAAGUAAUAGCCAAUUUCACUUAUGGUAACCAUUAUAAAUUGUUGAAUUCAGGAAACUCUGGACUCUGGACCGCCACUUCCCGUAGAAGUACCGACAAAAAGUAAAGUUAAAAAGAAGAAAAAGGUAAGCGAGUUGUGAUGGUGUGCUGUCGUGCUAUGUUGUGAUGCUGUGCUGUCACGCUUUGUUGUCAUGCUAUGUUGUCACGCUGAGCUCUGCCUUUGCCGUCGUGUCUAGUAUUCGUUUUGGCAAGCAACACAAAAAAUCACUGAGAGAUUACGCAUCCGUUUCUACCGCAUAAUGCAAACGCUAACUCGUCUGGUGCGUCGUGAAGUAAACACGAACUGUGGCAUGCGUGGGGAGUUAUGGUUAUGGUUUGCAAAGCUUUUAACACGUUUUGUGGAAUUAUCACUGCCUUUGUACGCUUCCUUAACGCGUUUUCGAGGUACGCGAAUGCACGUUCAUUUUUCAUUUACAGUUCAAUCACAGUGAAAUGCGAAAGACUCCAAGGAUGACAAGUAGUGUUGUUAAGUGAGCCAAAAAAGAAUCAAAACAUGAAGAUAAUCUUCUCGUUUACGGACGUGUAAAAGACAUUUCUCACGUUGGGAAGUGCAAAUGAAAAACGUGAACAUUGAUCACGUGAUGCUUUGUGCCGUUAGCAGCAAACAAGCCGGUGCUUCAAAAAUCUCUCCCAUAACUGUUGUUUAAUUAUCGUCAACUUUUUGCCCAAUGUUUAUUCUUUUUUUUUUCCCACAGUCUUCCAAGGUGGGGACUUCCCUGCUUUCAUCCAAGGCGCGAAAAGUUUCCUCGCUGGUCCAAAAGUGGCAGAGUAUAAAGCAGCAAGAAGAACCAUUCCUUGGAAGCAGUGAAGAAGAGGAGGAGGAAAACGAUCCACAUAAGCAAAUUGAAGAAUGGAAAAAGGAACAUCUGGCAAGGUAUCGACAGCGGGUAUCGGGUAUUGGUAUCGAUAUCGGGAGCAGAUGGCAUUUAGGUCCAGUGAGACAGCAUUGCUGUAAUAACAUAAGGAAAACCUGAUAAGGUAUCGACAGCAGAUAUCGGGUAUCGAGCAUCGGUAUCGAUAUCAGGAGCAGAUGGCAUUUAGGUCCAGUGAUACGGCGUUGCUGUAAUAACAUGACUUCCAACGCGCUGUGCUUCUUAGACAAAGCAGAUUAGUCCCUAUAGACACUGUCGAUUUCCCGAUAUUAUUUAAAAGCUUGCCCGUAGACUAUCAGCAAGUCGCCUACGCUGCCGCGGCCGUUCUUUUUGCUGUUCUCGUUGCCGUCGGUGUCUCCGUUGCUUAAGUUCCCUAUACUAAACACAAGCAAAACUCAAAUGAUGUAUUUUUCAUUUUCUUUCAGUGGACAAGCAGCUUAUAAUCCCAAUUUUCAAGAAAUCAAGGGAGACUGGCGAGAAAGAAUCCGACAACGUCGUAGUGGGACUGGUGCUAACCAGAAAGACUCGUAGACGGGUGCACAAACGAAUGAACCGUUUCACCCGUCGUUCGCCCGCACGCCGUCGCGUCUUAAAUCUCACUAGAGUCUGAAACUUAUGGACGCGCGAAAGGAUUAGGAACUUUCCAGAUUGUUUUGUUAUGUCGGCAGAUGAGGUGUGAGUAUAAGAUGGACGCGCUGAUCUCAUUCUACAAGACAUAGUUUAUGAGGAGUGUAUAAUGGCGAUAUCCUUGUAUAGAGUAAACCACAGCUUUCUAAAACCUGUUCCAACUCGUUACUUAACUUCAGAGGCCGAUCAUCGAACGGAGUGGCUGGAUGAUUUUAGGGGAAAAAUUCCUAACAAACCUGGUAUGAAAAACUUUGCAUAGGGUUAGUACUCUUACAUUCACACCCAAAAAUUAGUCAAUUUCGUUGACAUUACUAGGCGUAGAAAAAGUUAUUUGUCCAGGUUAAUCCCCCUCCCCAUCAAAAGUUGAUCGCUCAGCACCUUAAAUUUUAUUAGCGGAGGCAGCAUGACCGAGUGGUCAUCGCGUUGGACUCGCAAUCCGGUGGUCCCGGGUUCUGGUUACUCAAUUUUCCCUGUACGUUUUACAACUUUUAAAGUUUUCAAUGGACAUAAAAUACAGGGAUAUGUAUAGUACAUUGAUCAUUUGAUGCCCUAAAAAUUUCAGAAGAAAAUCAGUUUACGAAUUUUGCGCAAUGGCUGUUUUCGUGGAAGUAGCCUUACAAAUUUUUAAAGAGCUAAGCAAAUUUUAUUUUACCCUGUGAUGAUGCACAUAUACUACUUUUUUUUUUUUGAAAAACCUAUUCAGCGGUUUCAAUGUUGAACAAUUCAAAUCUCACGGGAUAAGAAUGGAUUUGCAUUAUAACAUUCCAUUUAAAUGGAAAAAUGAAACAAAACGUUUUAUUCCCAAACGGUUUGAAUUGGGUACAACAUUGAGUUAGCCGAAUAGGUCUAUCGCUUCCAGCGGUUUGUAGAACGUUUAAGGGACAUAAUAGAAUGGUUGUUUAAAACAUUCCGGAAACAUUAACAAUUGACAACAUUGACAAUUUAUAUAGGAUAAUGCCUAAGCUCCGAAGCUUCUUAAAAAUAAUGACCGAGCGCUUAGCGCGAGGUUAUAAUUUUUUAGAAGGCCUUGGAUGGAGGGCAUUAUCCGAAAAAUGGGAUUUAAUGGACCUUUCCAUUGUGUUAGAACCAGUAGGUCAUUAUUAGUAAGUAUAAAGAUCAAAAUGACAGGAAUGCUAUUGAGCAUUGUGCACGGUCAAGUUGAAAAAACGCUUACAAAAACAUGAAACAAAAAAAUCUGACAGGCUCCAUGACCAUUGUACUAUACUAACUAUCAAUCCCCAAGCUGCAAAUAGGCAAUUUUCGAGUUCCCCCGGGCCUCUGUAUCAAAACGAGGUUAAGUGAAGAGCCUUUGAUAUGGAAAAGAUUUUUCACAAGAAAGGUUUUGCAGGUGGCCUCAUUUUGAAAGAAAGGGUUUUUAUAACUCGGAAGUGACCUAUUGCCCGUGAGAAUGUGAAAGCAAAACCAGGAAUCUUCAAGAUGUUACAAAGCACAAGUGUUUUCAUUGCAGCUGAAAAAAGGGCGAUUAGAAGUACUUUCCAGGUGGUAAAGUAGAAAAGUAGGAGACAAUUGAAUUACAAAAUGCAUGCAGUAAAGUUCUCCUUAUAGCGCUAACUGUGUUUGCCGCUGGUAGCUGAUUUUCCAGUUUCUUUCAAUAAAGCUUUGGGUAGGAACAGCCUUUCAGCUAGGAGAAAGUGGCUGCAGUUUUCUCCUUUUUCCCGUCAACUUACACGAAUGUGUUAGCACAGAAUUGUAAGAUUAAUUUUGACCAGCAAGUUUCGCUAAUGAGAUAAAGUGUAACCAGUUGCACGACUUGUACGAGUCGUACCUCUUGAAAAGGGCCGAGCGUUUCAUGCAUAUUUCUUCUACAGUCAAACAAUAAAAACCCAAUAUAUUCAUCGACCUAAAACCAACUGGAAAACCUUUAAGGAACCCUCCCAAAAAUAGCACGUGACCUUAUAUCUUAACUUAUAUCUGUAGUCAAACAUUAAAAACCCGAUAUAUUCAUCGACCUAAAAACUACUGGAAAACCUUUAAGGAACCCUCCCAAAAAUAGCACGUGACCUUAUAUCUUAACGAGAUUCCACCUCUUGUUAUUCAUGAGAAAAAGAAUUACGUCAUUGACGUCAGUGUAUUCCUGUGCAAGUUAAAGAGAUCCCUGCGCAAAAAGGGGUCUAAAACAUCUCUGCUAUACUACUUACAUUCACACGAAAAAGGACGAAUUUUCUACUAAAUAAAAAAUUCGUUCGUUUCAAUGUUCCUUUUACACGGAGCCGUCCUCAACAUAAGAAAAUGUGGACGCAUACUCUUGAAUGGCAAACGUUAGGUCAACCUUUUAGCCGGUAAGGUCGAAACUUCGACACCCUAACCGUCUAAAUCUGCGUGAACAAGUGGUAACUUAGCUGUGAGGCGCCAUUUUGAAUUGGCUUAAGUGGCACGCUGUGCAUUAUGUGCAUUAGCAGAUGGCAAAAGCACUGACAAAUUUAAAAUUCAACCUGGUUCAUCAGUUCCGUAACCGAGGGCCUGUUUACAUGAAGGUGGGGGACGCCAGAUAGGUGAGGUAACAUGUGCCGGGUUACCCCACCUAACAUGUAAACGUGAUCACAUUAAAAUGAGAGAUUAUAUGGACAGGCCGGUUACCCACCUAAGCGGGUUACCUCACCUAUCUGGGGUACCCCACCUCCAUGUAAACAGGCCCUGAGUUGUAAGAGCAUUGGAAUUUUAAUCCAGGGGCCUACUGUUACCGCUUUCUGGAGUUGUUCUCGAUAGUCCAGAGUUCAACGCCUUGGUCACGCUUGCAUAUGGCCAACUGGUUUGCCUCCGGCCAGUUGGAAUUCUUCGCCAAGUCUUGAUUAGCCUGUUCCAGGCUCCGAGAUAGUCGGGUCCGCUGAAUUGAGUAAGCGCAAACACGAAAAUAACACGGAAGGAAACUGGGGAGAGGCGGGCCAACUUUUCGCGUGCCUUUUUCUUUCGCGUCUUCACCCACUAUCUGAGAUCCUAGAACAUGAUAAGUCAUGAUCAGGGGGUCACAUUUACCAGUAAUUUUGUUACCCCUUUAAAGUCAGUUUGUUUGGUUUGUUUGUUCCGCUUUAAAGCUCAAUUACGUACAGUAUUUGCACACUCACAGACAAACUGCAUCUCAGUGCCUCUUGUGCUUGCAUCUUUCGUCAAAAUUACUCUCAUAAGUUCAUCAGCCCUUUUAUCUUGUACACAUUAUGAGUGAAGCUCUUUUAAAAUGCCUUGAAAAUUGUCUUUUGGUUGCAAUAAAGCUGCCUUAAAAAAUGAUAAAAACGCCAAAAAACCAUGAAACGGCAAAAAUAAACACAUAAAUAAAUAAGCUUCAUUUAAGUGAUGUGUUUUUAGGAAUUCCAAUAACAGAAGAACUAUGAAAUCAAUUCUGCUCGUCAAAACGCUUUUGGGGCUAGUUGAAAUAAUGUCUGGGCUAGCAAAUGCUAGCUGCAGCUUGCCCGAAUGGCAAGCUGUAAUAAUGAUUUUCUUUGCACCCUGUCUGCUAGAUAUUUAAAUUUUUUUCACACGGCUUUUACGUAAACCAGCGCUUUUGCUGAUAAACCUAACGUGGCUAAAUGAGAUACAUCUCUAGAAAUAUCUCUGUAAAUAUCUCUCUAUCUAUCUGGCCCAAACUAUUUUCCAGUGGUAAAGAGAUUUCCAUUAUUAAUCAGGACUGUCCAGGCAGAUCAGUCUAUUCUUAAAUGGUAUGCUUGGUAGUGGUGAAAAAAAAACUGAGUAAACAUCGUUUUACUUUCAAAAUGUCUGGUUCGACCGGCUUUUAUUGACACCUGGUAAGAGCCCUAAGACUCCCUUUUUUAUCUUCAACCCAAGUUACAGGAGCCCUCGAAUCAAAGGGCGUUUUUCGUGUAAUUAGACGUGAAAGAAUGAUCUUGUGGCGUACGGCUCAUUUUCUCACAAACUGUCAAAAAGUCAAGACUUUCGGGCGAUCCCUCACCUAUUUGAAAGAUUGUUUUUGAUUAGCUGGGAAAACAAUAGGGAUUGUCACAUGACAAUGCCCCUGUCCCUGAAAGGCGAGACUUUCACGGCUCCAUGACCCCGUGCAGAAAAGCCAAAUAAUGACAAAAAUCAAACAAAAGUUGCAAAUUGGUCAGACUAAAAGUUGCUGAAAUUACGGUCAUUUCGCGCGUUCAAAAUGUAAUUUGUGAUUACACCGCUAUUAUCAUAAAUUACUAUUUUGCCGGCACGCAUCAGAUUGCGCAGUGAGUCAUGGGAUUUUGAGCUGAUAUUACGGCAGCCUUCACCGGAUAAAUUAUCAUUUGAUUCGUGUGUUUAUUGAUGUUUAUAGUUUGGCAAGGGUUGCACCAAACGUUCCCCGUGUUUUUCCAGCUGGUUUUUGGGGUUUUCGUGUGCUUUGGUGGUCUACUUGAUAUUUGUACAUAUCUGCAUAUAUGUUGAAUAAACGGCACGGUGGCUUCUCCAAUAUAUAAACUUGUGUGUACCGGUUUUUCAAGUAUAAACUUCUUUUUUUCUCUUAUCACUCUACAGUGAAAUGAGAACAACUAAUGUUCACGCCCCGACACACCUGGCUUAGCUACGACACACUAUGGUGACAUGGCCGGUGUGAGAAACAUCUAGGUGAUCAGACCUCUUGCGUAACAGUAGCACGAUGCAGCACACUGAAAAAUAUAGAAUUACCAACAAAAUUCGUUUACAACUGCAACCUGGGUGAAGACAUUAAAAGGCUGCAUUACUUUAAAGGAACGUUGUCACAGCUACGGCUAGAAAGAACGCCUGAAAGUCGGUACAGUUGCCAAAAGUGAAAGUGAUUUGUUGCAUCGCUGCUCCAACCGUGUCACAAAAUUUACCAAAAUUCAAAGAGUGCCUCCAAACUACUGAGUGUAACAUGAAAAAGAAAUGCUCAAAACUUGUGAAGAGAAGGUAUAAAUAAGAGCAAAUACCAAAAGUUAGGCACGCAUGGAUAAACUUGAAGAUUAAAACGGCUUGCAAUUGUGGUUUAUGAAAACGUUUAAGCCUAUGAAGCGUUUUUCAAAGUUAAUUUUUGUUGUUUCUAACGUUUGCUAUAAGGUUUGGGAGACAUUAUUUGGUUGACAUGUAGCCUGCAAAAACAUCCGUUUCUCCUCGCUCUUCGUCGCUGAGGACGUUUCGCGCGAAACGUCCACAGCGACAAAGAGCGUGGAAAACGGAUGUUUUCGCAGGCUAGUUGACAUGAAGUUGUGGGAUUUUGUCAUUCACAAGCAAUUUUCAAAGUUCCAUAGCUAAUGAGGAUUCGCAAUUUGCAUUAGAAACAAAAUCCGUUACAAGGUUUUUUGCAACUUUUGUCUGUAGCGGUACCAGCUAGGGAAAAUCCUUUAACACUACUGGAAAGAAGGCCUGAAAAUCAGUAACGCUGCCAAGAGUGAAAGUGAUUUGUUGAAAACAAACCAAGAAUCAGGUCCGCAAAGUCACAGAUAUGUUCGAGAACAUGCCGCGACUGGCACGAAAUUUUUGCGGUUUUUUCAGUGACCCGCAAAUAAAAAUUAUCGCAAACAUUUUUCCCUCAAAAAUUUACUCCAGAGUAAAUAUUCCCUAAGGCCUGUUUCAAACGUCGUGCUACUGCCGUGCUAAGCUUGCUCGACUAUAGCUCGACUGCAGCACGACAUUAGCACGACUUGGUUUCAACGUCGAAUUUAAUUCACACAGUGACAGUCGAAUGGAACAGCUGUUGCCGAAAACAAAACACACAAAAAAAGAAACGGUUUAGCAAACUUUUAAAUAUAUUCUAAUGUAUUUAUAAUUCAUGAAUUGAGUUCGGCACAGCGUUAGCACGACGUUUGAAACCAAGUCGAGCUACUGUCGUGUAGCACGGCAAGGCUUGCCGUCUGUUGCCGUGCUACACGGCAGUAGCACGACUUGGUUUCAAACGUCGCGCUACUGCCGUGCUAAAGUCGAAUUUAAUUCGAUCAAUUGUGUUCGGCACGGCAGUAGCACGACGUUUGAAAAGGGCCUAACUUGAAUUCGCUACACAAAAAUACAGUUCUGCUGAAAUCGUGAGUGUUCAAUCACAACUUGUCAAAAACGACGAAAUACUGGUUUAUCAGUCCGGAAUAUCCCUAAAUUUAAGGACAGGGCCAACUGGUCACGCGACACUUUUCAACCAAUGAGAAGGCGCGCUUGUGUUUAUCAAAAUACAAAUCAAAACAUCAACAAAACGUGUUGAUCAAAAAUUUUCAAAAAUUUUCCCUGGCUAGACUAAAAAGCCUCUCUUUUUUCAGGCGCCCAACGUCAAUUUUCGGCAAAUGUCUGUUCGGAAGACCAUUUGAGAUCUAGAAUUUUCGGAACAUUUAUUGUAAAAUUUCUUGCUUGCCUGCCUCUCCUAGGAUUUUCGAACAUCUAAAAAGUGGUAUAAUUGCCCAUUUUUAACGGAUUUUUGCCCUAAGAAGGUCACCUGGAAUUUUCGGGAGCCUUUUUUCUGGCUGAAAUUUCGAAAAGGUAAGUUUUGAUCCCUAUGAUUUUCUUUCAGCUAGGAAAUCCGAACAGAUGAAAAAUUUUUAGGGGGACAAAAAUAUGCCUAUAUCUACCGUUUAAAUAAUAAAAUACGUUUAACCAUGCUAUGUUUAAGUGGUUUUGAACUAUAUCCUCGUUGCGGUGCCCCUGUUUUUUCUUAGUCCGUCGAGCAAAACACGCGAAUCCCUACAACCCUGAAAACCCUUGCAAAAGUCAUUACUACAACCCAAAAUAUCGGACAUAUACACAUAUUAUUGCUCCAAGGUUCAGUUUAGUGCCUUUUUUGAGUACCCUGAACAACAUUUACUGUUUUGCCCUGUAUACCACUUUAAAUUCUUCAAUGUACGCAUCUACACAUAAUAAAUAACAAAGCAUUUAAGCAGUAACAAAUCACAGAGCCCCUUCCUAUAGGUGCGAUCUGCCUCUCACCUGGGGUGAGUCUUAUUUCCUCAAAGAGAGAGAAAGAAUGUCUGGCAAUUUUUUUCCAAUCAAAGAUUUGCGAGCUCGUGUCUUGCAAAAUCUCCAAACAGUUAUACGCACCUUAUAACUUCAUUUGCGCUUAACGAGUGUCUUUUGGUCCAUAACUUUCAAAACAACUGCUCCUAAGAAUGUCACUGAUGACCCGUAACGCAAAAGAAUAUCGAAGGAUGACUGUUCAAUAAACGUCACAAAAUCUACUCAAGCAGAACAGGACCGAGUUGUUUAAAGCUGGGCUAAGAUAACAACCCAGGGUUAGUACGAGAUUUGAAUUCAGAUUUGAAAGCUUAAAAAGCAUUUCAGUUUUAAUUCUUUUUGUUUGCAAAUUGAUGAUUGAAAGCUCUAAAUGUAACAGAGAAAAUAUUCCGAGAAAAUGCUCCUGAAUACAAGAAAGAGAAACCCGGGUUAAGCGCUAAUCGGCCUUCGAACAGAGCCAACGGGGUCUUUUAUGCACAAGCAUGCGCACUAAGACUUGAUAAAGAGCACGCGACCAGUGACAGCCACCGUGGUGCAUAGUCAUAGGAACCAAAUUCUUUACUCUGAAAGCUUUCUUGAGAUUCAAAUGGUAUCAGGAACUUACGAAAGACCUUCGUUGUACAAAAUAAGUAAAGAUCUGGUGAUUUAAAGUGGAGACUGAUGCGCUGAUCGAGGGGAAAGAGCAAGUUUCUCAAGGAUGUCUGACUCGAACAUGGCUGCUUCUUGUUGUUUGGCGCUCGACUCGUGUCUUGAUUCCCUUCAAGAACAGCAAAGUUUGGCGUAGAAUGCAUUGCUGAUGGGCAGCUAUUGAGCAAAAUGUUCUUUAUUUAGUGUUUGGCUAUAAAUCGGAUGUAAAUUAGUUUCUCGAUGCCUUAGAGGAUUUCUGUCAAUAAUUUGUGAAUAGCUCAUUUAUAUUAGCCAUAUUUCGGGAGUUGAUUAAUUACGAUCAGCGGGCGACUACCACGCCGUUAUCAAUUGGAAUAGAAAGUUGUUUAAUUAAGUAUUUUAGUGAUACAAAGUUUGUUUAUCGGAAAAUUGUAGAAUUAACUUCUUGUUUUUGAGUGGACUAACAUCGUAACGCAUCUUUUACAGGAAUUUGCUUUUAUCCAGAACUUGAGUGCUCUAAUAAUUUUUAACUUUUGGUCGACAUCACAUGUUUACUAUACUUCUUGGGAAACCUAACCGUUUGUUUCAUCAAAAUCGGUCACAGGAUUCGACUUUAAUUUCGGUCCUACUGAAUGCAGUUUUGACUGUCUCAUUGAUAUUCAUUUCUUUUAUUGUUCGAGACAUACGGAGUGACUACCACCAACAUCUCACCAGGUGACUAAUCUACGUCUCGUGUGCUCUUAAUUUGGUAGCUUUAUAGUGCUGGGAAAAUUGUAGAAUUAACAAUUAAUAAAUGAGGCUGAGUAUCUUAUAAAGAAUUAUGGACAUCGAGGAGGGUGUUACUCGUCGAGGCCGUAGGCCGAGGCGGAUAACACCCUCCGAGAUCUCCAUAAUUCUUCAUAUGAUGCGAAAGCCGAAUUCAAUAAUUGUUUUAUUAUUCCUUCAAAAUCAUUCCUAGUUUAAAAACAUAGCUAAAACAUGCUUACCUCCAUCGAUGUUAAGUUCAUUUUCGAUAGUGCACGUUUAGGGUUGUUCAGCUCCGCAAAUAUUCUCCAGUUAGCAGAUGUCGCCCUUCGAGUUGUCCUCUUACUGUUCUCACCAUGUUUUUAGCUUUUAUUUCGCCUAGUUCUUACUCUUGAAAUGAGAGAAAUAUCCGCCAUUUUUGUUUUCACAACCAAAACAACUCAACCUCGUCCCCAGGUCUUCUUGGUUAACGGUGCAUUAACCUGCAACGAAGCUACACUUUUCACGUCAUGGGUUGAUCAAUCGCAAAAUUCUUCAAGAUUUGUUCAUCAGUAGCUGGUUAUGGAGAAUCAUGUGUGUGCUUUUAGCCAAUAAGAAUUGGGGAAGUAUUUUGAAUGAAUGACAUAUAUUAACUCACUGCUGAACUGAACACCGGCUUUUGCGCACUUCGAACCCACUCGCUGAAAUUUGCUAUGUUUUUUUUUUAAUAUUUGUGUUCCUUUCCCAUUUCAAAACAAAGAAAAUUGAAAGUGUUUAAUUACAUCAACAAACGUUUGAGUACUUUGUUUAGACUUUGAUGAAGUCAGCGCAAUCCUACAAGCACUACAUUUACUUGCACUGUUUUCCAGGUCAAGUCGGGAGAUGAAAUUUAAUAGCUCGUGGUACGUUAAAGAGUUAAAGCCGGCCGAGUCUACGUCGCUUUUGUUAAGACCAUGUUAGAUUUUUUUUUACAAACUACACAUUUUGUUAAAUCACGAGCACAUUCGCCAAGACCAACGAGCAAAAUAAUCGGAAUGAUAGCUUUGAGACACGCCAUUUUGAUGAAGGCAGACCUUCUGGUGAGCCUCCAUGCACAUCGCUUGUUCAGCGGUCGCGCAUGCUCAUGCUUUCUCAAGCAAUCCCUUUGGGAUUUUCUGUUUUACGUCAUUUACGUCAUCCUAACCAUCCCUUACUUGAGGGCGCGAACAAAAGAAACUUCAUCAUUACCCAACGAUUCCAUGCGGCCCCUGUUCAAGCAACUCGAGACUUUUUCCGGCAUACCGACGGUAUAUUUCAGCUGUAAGUACUUUCCUUAAUAAACGCGUGAGCAGGAGCCUUCUGAUGGCGCGAGCAACUAGAGUGUCUCCUCGGGAUUUUGCCUCCUAGGCGAAAUCUCUGCUGGGGCAAUGAAGAAAGAUAAAUAGCCUGUUACAGGCGUUCAGAUAGUAGAGCGCUGCGGUAAGUGGGGAGCGAGUUAAGUUGUACACCGGGGAAACGGGGGGGGGACAGGGGGGUGAGUGCGAGAGAAUUCUCUCUCCCUUUCCCCCUCUAGUCUCCCCUCGUUUUUUUUUCUUCGUGAAUGUUUUCUCCGAGCUCUGCUAUCUGAACGCCUGGAACAGGCUAAAAGAUAAAGGAAAAUCUAUUUACAUUGGAUUACGUUACAUACAUGAAAAAUGUUUAAAUAACAACAUGUAUGAAAAGAGAUUACUUUCAGGACUCUUCUAAAACCAGUUUAACUAGGCUCACAUCUUGUAUUAUUAGGUAGGGACUUUCGCGACUUUGUUGAGCAACAUCUUGAUCGCUCCCUUGGACGUAUCAUCUUUAAACUUGGGUAAGUUACCUUAUUCUAAGGCUCUUUUUCCAUCGGUGUCGAUUAUGAAAGGCCAAAUGGUCACAAAAUUCAAGAACUCUGAUUUGAUCACAAUUGCAAUCAAACAAAUUCAUGUCUGACACAUGGAAAUUAAUAAGAUUCUGAAGAUUCAACAGGCGGAAUGUCGGGCAAAUAUAAUUCACCAUUUUAUUUUAAUUUGUUUUCUUUCUUUAUUUUUUUCUAUUACUCUUCCUGCCGUAAGGAUCAGUUUACUGUUUUAAUUUUAAAAUUUUAAAUCGCACUUUCAAAGUCACAUAUUGAUUUCAAGAACGACUUUUUUAAUGUCAACAUAUCUCAUUGUUCUUGUCAGUGCUACUGGGAAAUGUAUUGAACUCAAAAUAGUGGCAUUUUACUCAACACUGACGGUGAUGAAUAUGCGGAAAUAUAUGAAGAAGAGUGUUUGAGUCAAGUCUUAUCAAGACGACUAUGCCGGGGCCAGAUCUUUCUUGCUUCCUCCGCUUUUAUAUUACGGUCGAAAAUAUCCACAGCCGAAGUCUUUUAAUCGCUCUCUCAUUUCUCUCCAUCGUCUAUUCACCUGAAGUUUUUUGUUGUCAAACUUUCCUAAAAGUAAUAACUAAAAACCAAAAACCAGUAUUCUGAAAAAGCUUUGAAGUUUACAGUGAUCGAGGGGAAGCUUCAAUAUGCACGUGUCAGCCUUUAUUUUGCAGUUGUGGCACAGGAAAGAGCCUGUUGGUGUCUCACAGAAAAGAAAAAGACACUUUUACGCUUAUAAUGACUGGUUUUUAAAAUAUGAAGUCAUUUUACAAUAUAAGCUUUUUACACUGCUCGAUAUUCCCACACAGUACAGCAGUGCGCAAAAAGUAUAGUAAACAUCGUGAACGUCAAGCACUAUCUACACAAAUUGUGCGUAGACGGGUGCGUAGAAUUAGCACUAUUUCUAGUACCUCAGUAUCAAUUUAUCACAACAAGUUAAUCAUUAAAAUAAAGUUGCAACCGUAGUUAAUAAUGGUAGUUGAACUGACUGGAGUGCAACUGAUUUGGUCUGAAUCGGCGGUCUGAAAUCAUGCGCGUGAUUUCAAAAUCGGACUAGCGCGCGGCGCGAGUUCGAUUUGAAAUGACCAAAGUUGCAUGCACGACACGAAGUUCAAUUACAGCCAUUUUUAAAUCGCAGAAUUCACUCAGUACCAAUAUUUUAUUGAUUUAGUAGCCGGUUUGUUGAAAAGCGGAAACAAAAAGCCUUUUACAUCUCAUUUUGUAUUUAGAACAGAAAUGAUUGAAUGCAGAAAUGACGUGAUUUAGAACAAAUGUGGCUUACCCUGCGAGCAGAGGUUUUUCUCUUGGAUGGCUUUUAGCGUUUACGAAGUCGUUCGCGUGGCUUGCCUGUCGCGUUGUUAGUUUAUUUAUGCCCCGUGAGAAACAAGGCGGAAACAAACUAACCACGCGACAGACAAGCCACGCGAACGACUUCGUAAACGCUAAAAGCCGUGCAAGAGAGAAACCUUUGCUCGCAGGGGAGAUGUGUGUGACAGUGUCACUAUUAUCCCCGGACUAUUAUUGCCUAAAUGCCGUAGCGGAUGUUAGCUUUUUGUGGUUUUCUUUUUCGGUAGAUUGUCUUAAUCAUUCAAUUGACCUUAUCUUUUCAAGGUUAACCUAAGAAAAUCCUGGCGUUUUGUUACUGUGGUUUGGCAACACACCUCUUACUGUUUUGCUACGUGCAAAAUUGUGUAAUAGUCUCGUAUAAGUAGCCUGCGUAGCAAGCGUUUCCGCGCGAGUUCGUCGAGAAAGUUGGGAAGAGAGCAAAAAAAGGAAUGACCUUUUAUUUUUUUUCGCUUCCGCUCUAACUUUCGCGCAAUAACUCGAUUGGAAACGCCUGCUACGCAGGCUAUCGUAUAAGUAGAGGCACGUUUUAGCCGUAUUUCAGUUAAGUUUGGACAUCACUGAUGAAACUGCAGUAGUUGUAAAGUUAACAAGCCCGACUUAUUGCUUCUAGGAAGGUAAAGUACUUGACCUCGUUAAUUACCGAAUAAUUUAGUCUCAGUUUAGUCUUUUCGAAUUCUUAGUUCUAAUUCUGUUUAGUGAUUUAAGUAAUUCUAUACAGUUGUUAUUCGUUGUAAUUUCGCUAUUUCACUUGCAAUAAGUAGGAACUAGGCCAGUUUGUUCUGUACAUUCAUCGAAUUUCUCGUUUUGUUUUUAGGGGAUCAUCCUCUCGUUAUUUCCAGGAGGCGUGUGUUUUUCCCCUGGGACCGCAUUAAUUGGGUUAAAGAAGUGCUGUCCAAUGAUGGCAAAGAUUUUUUAAUCCCUUGGCAUUUGCAGAAACCAGUUUACAUAAAAAUAAAAGACAGAUAUUGGAAAUCAUAUAUCCGGUUUACGUAACUUAACCAGCGAGACUUGUUUUUUUUCCAGUUAAGCUUGUUUACCGACAUUGCUAUGACGCAUCUGAAAUUCUCCCCGUACGGUCGUCUAUGAACGCUGCGAAAAUUCGUCCUAACCUCCGUAAGACAGAUGACUAAAUUUUGUUUUUCGUUUUUUUGGGUUAACAAUCAUACGCGCAAUUUUCUCCUGUUCAUACUGUUGAACUAUUGAAAUUUGACUGAUAAUAUUCCUGGCUACUGGCAAGUCAGGUAAAUUAUUUCAAGGUACGUAUUUCUUUGAAGUGAAAAGUUUAUUUUCAGCCACUCUUGUUUGUUUUUGAUCGAUUCAAUUAGUGAGUGUAACAAACAUCUUUUGUUUCCUUAUUGUAGAUUGACUGGCACCAGCAUUCACCAUUGAAGUCAUGCUAUCAAUUGUUGUUGACAGUGCCUCUUCGAUUAUUUGGAAUGUGAAUUUUUUUGCCAGCACUAUGAAAAGAAACGCUGAAUUUAUUGGACGCCCAACGACGCUGAAAUGUUUCAUAUUCAGUGUUUUAGUAUUUAGACGCGAACUUCGCAAUCCUGCUUGAAAUGACAGAGCUCAAAGUAGACAAACAGUCCGCUUCAGAAAAUCUUCUUUACGGGCGUUUAGCAGAGGAAAAUUCAAGAGCUGCUUUCCGACGGGUGGAUAAAAAGAAGGUAAUUUUAAUUUCGGUUUCUUGACUAACAUUGUAUCGUUAGAUUCAAGAUUAUUAUCCGUCUACGUGUCAGAUAUCAUGUUAUUCAAGCCCAUCUGAUAGGGUGCGAUAAAACAAUCAGAAAUUGUGCGAUAUUUUCAGGGUAGAUUGUGCGAUAAGAUAGAGUAUUGUGCGAUAAAUUAUGCAAUUUAUUCAGGGCUAAGUAACAUUGUUUUACCAGGUUUCAAAGCAGAAAAAUCACUUUAAUGUUAUUAAACAGGCAAUUUGAAUGUAAAAGAAUAAUAAAAAAUUUGUCCAAUAACCUUGACCCUGAAAAAGAAACAAAUAGAAAGAAAGAAAAAGGACUCUUUGUUUCAUAUUAAAUGACGCCGUUAAACCGCUGAUCACACUGCUUGUCUCUGAAAUCAAAAUGGCUACCCAGAUACCUCGAUCGAAGGUUUCAGAUGUCAAUAGGCUUUCUUUAGUUGUAAAUCACCUUAAUAACAUUAAGAUUGGGAAAAUGUUUGAUUAAAGUUAGAAUUUAUUGUUUACUUUACUUGAAUACAGCAUUUCUUUACGAAUUACGCGAUUUUCCUCAAAUUGUGCGAUUGGAUGUGAUUUGAGGUCAAUAGACCUUUUUAACGAUACGGCGGCCAUAUUGAAUUAAUUCGAUUUAAGGACUAUUAUAGGAUGCCCAGGGGGGAUGAGCACAUUUCGUUUGUAUUUUCGGGCGCUUUUCGGGACAUUUUUUCUUAAAGUUUUCUUAGAAUAAGAUUGUAAUGGGAAAAAAGAUCCUUCUGCCAUGUUUGGAUGUAAUACUUCUAGUUUAGUAUUAGAAAUAUGGUCUUUCACUGUAUAUUUCUCUGGAAAAAGGCGAUCAUUAUUACAUCCAAACAAGGCACAAGGAUCUUUUUUCCAAUGACAAUCUUAUUCUAAGAAAACUUUACGAAAAAAUGUCCCGAAAAGCGCUCGAAAAUACAAACGAAAUGUGCUCAUGCCCCCUGGGCAUCCUAUAAUACUCCUUAAAUCGAAUUAAUUCAAUAUGGCCGCCGUAUCGCACCCGCCAUCGCGUAAUUAUCAGAUGGCCUGUUAUUCGCGCAGCAAUUGGGAUUUAAAAAUAUUAUCUUUUUGCUAAUUUCAUAAGCUUGAUGUUUUGCCUUAGUUAUUAAGAAGAAUUAAAAUUACUUUUUCAAUCCUACACGUAAGGCUGAAAGAUGUUGCACUUUAUUCAUAACCGGUAUUAAAUGAUAGCGAUUCAGUAAUAAGAAAUUUUGUCCUGGGAAGGCAGGCUUAUUUAUACUCUUCCUGAUAAUUUAAAAAAUUGUUGCAGCUGAUUGUUGUUUUAAUUAGUUUCUUAAGGCCCUUGAAAGAAUAUCAAUUCCUGAUUGAGCAGCUGUCCUGUGUGAAUCCCUGGUUGUACUGCCAGACAAGAAAUGUGUAGUAGACUUUUACGUCUAAUAAUUUUUUUACUUGACCUAAACCUGCAAAAAGUUGCAAAUUAAAGUUAUCUUAAAUAGUGAAAAGAAGAAAUUGAAAUAUUUUAAAAGUAUAGAUUCCCCACAUGUCAAACUCGCAGAGUUAUUCUGUGUGAAAGUGUUCACUUUAUACAUUUUAUCAGUAAUUCUAUUACUUUGUAUUCUUUUGUUAGGUUUAAUCUUUUAGUAGUUCCCGUUUAUGUUUAUUUUUCUUUAUUAUAUUGUUGCUGUAUUGUUGAUGGAUUUGAGUUUCAAAUAAAUUGCUUUGGAAAAUCCUUAAAUCCUUCUAGUUCCUGCUAGUUUACCUCCCCGUCCUGUUACAUAAAAAAAAAAAUAGUGUGAUUGGUGAAUAAAUCACACUGCUGAGAGCCAAUCAUAUAGCAGCGAUCACCAGUGAUUUCAAAAUGGAUAUAAUUAAGUCUACAAUCGUUACUUGAGUUUAUAUAUUUCCUAGCAUGCACUAGGGGCUACGUCAAAAUAGUGCAAAGCAUAAUGGGAUUUGUUGAUAGUAAAAAAAAGUCGUUCUUGAAUGUGACUGCCCGUUGACUUGAAGACCUUUGAUGUGACUGUGAAGGGAUGUGUGACCUUGAGUGUGAUCGAGAUGUUAAUGGAAUGUGAUUGAUAAUUUUCAUAGAAUGGAAAAUCUCAACGGACACUCUCGUAAGGGGACUGCUCAACUUACGGCCGCCUUCACAAACCCCUGUUUCAACUCCCACACAAACUCCUGUAAGGGGACAUCCGAAAUGAAAUGGCAUUUCUUUUCCUUUCCAUAGUUUGUCAGUGCCACCAUGCUGUUAACAUCUUUUAGAAGGUUUUUUGUCACCCAAGCUCUUUUUGACACCAUGCCAAAACGUUCCUUGAUUUCAAAAACAAAGAAAGUGGAACUCGAGAUUGAGGGCCUUAAAUUUGUGAGGUUAAACCCAGCUCAGACGCAGCCAAAAGUUUCAUCUGCAUUGGCUGGCAAGCCGUUUCUGCCUGGUUCUACCGGUAGGGGUUUCCCGGAAGUGUUAUCACCGCCGACAGAAACGUUUCCGCACGCCGUCAAAAUCAAAGACCCUCAUCUCCACCCCUUCAGUAAACUCGUUGACGGUUGCAGAAGAUAUAUUACCGAUAAUCUUUAUCGUUAUGGCGCGGUGUUGCUUAGGAACCUCCCUCUGAAAACGACCAAUGACUUUGCAAGCCUGUGUCAAGGGCUCGGUUUCCAGGCUAUGAGAUAUGAAGCUGGCACGGUGGAGAGAAAGAGAGUCGAUGACUCUGACACAUACACAGCCACUGAUGAGCCUCCGGAGGUCGUGAUCGAUUUUCACAAUGAAAUGGCCUACAGUCCUGCAUAUGCAGCAAAGGUAACUUAGAACUUUUUCGAUUUUUCGCAGAGAAUUAUAAUUAUAAAAUUGUGCAUUAACAUGUUUAUUAAUUAUGCGCCUUUCUGCACGACUUACAAACUCUUUAGGCAGGCUGACACCCUUGAAUGUGGGUUGUUCUCUUAUAUGUUUGUCUAAAAAUUGGUGGUCUGCGAGCAGGUUCACUUGUGUGACUUCGGGAUAUUUUUCGACGGCAGAGUCGCCAGCGGGAACCGGCAAAGCAGUUGUGACUCAGUUGUCCCUUUCGUAAAAGGUCGCUACACUUAAAACAUUUUUUACCUGUUAUUGAGAGUGUAUCUAUUAGAAAAAAGUUCAUUGUUUUAGAAAAUAACAUUUCCCAGAACAGCAGUUGACCCUAGCCCUUUCCAUAACAUUUCAGGGGCACCCAACGACUGUUUUCUGUAAAAUAUCUGUUCGAAAAAGCAAAUAUUGCCUAGAAUUUCCUACACUUGAGAACGGCUAAGAAAUUCUAGAUGACAGUUCCAUUCAUGUACAAUCAGUAUUGAAGCUUAUCUAAUAAAUUCCCUACGAUUUUCUGACGUUUAAUUUUUCAUAUUUCGCUCCCCAGGUAAGGCUAUUUUUCGCAGAAAAAGGAAACCUAAAACUUUCGGAUUCAAAAAUGUUCAUGGAGAGAGGAAUCAGAAAAAUUCUCACUUUCGUUUAACGGUAAAUUGCAUCUAAAAUUUUCGGGAAAAUCAUUCUGAAGCCCUUGUAGGUUCGAAAAGGCUCAAGUUGCCCUAGGAUGACCGAACAGAUACAAAUUUCAUAGCGCGCCUUAGAAUGCAUUUCAGAGUCUACACAUCUAAAGGUACUCUAGGUAGUCUCAAAAGUGUUCUUAACGUAUUUAGGGGUAAAUCGUCGUUGGGUGCCCCUGACAUUUUAGCGUAAAUUCAAGUUGGGCUUCUACGUCGUUCUUUCUAAGACUAUUCAAAAACGUAUUAUUUGCCUGUUUAAUCCAGUGAAUAUAUUACAUCUAUCAUGACUAACGGCUUGAAACUAAAGAAUGAUCAUCGCAGUAAAUUUUCCAAUUUAAGAAAUUGGAAAGAAGAAGCCUGAAAAAAAAUCUGGGCUUCAACGGGAUUCAAACCCGUGACCUCCGCGUUAACGGUGCGUUGCUCUACCAAUUGAGCUUUGAAGCCACACAUUGGGAGCGAGGUCAAUUUUUUGAGUUCAUAUCUCCCGUGAGGAGUGAAAUGAUGUAAAGUAUAUAUGAAAUAAUUCAUUUUUGAGCUGCGGUUGUAGAUGAAAGUGAAGAAUGAUUAUCGCAGUAAAUUUUCCAAUUUAAGAAAUUGGAAAGAAGAAGCCUGAUUUUUUUCAGGCUUCUUCUUAAAUUGGAAAAUUUACUGCGAUGAUCAUUCUUCACUUUCAUCUACAACCGCAGUUCAAAAAUGAAUUAUUUCAUAUAUACUUUACGUCACUAACGGGUUGGUUACCAGUAGGGGCUUCGACCGUUUACGAUCGAGGGAAAUGGGCGCUGGUAAAGCAUAAGUUAGCCUGCUCGUAGGCUAAAAGGUUGGUUGAUGCUAAAUCCUCUUUGUCACUAUUCUCCUUUAAUUGAUUUUAACUUUUAUCAACUGGUCAAAAUUUUCCAGGGGUGACUUCUUCCGGCCCUAGAGGUUUGCAACCGCUGCAAAAUAUUGAUUGAGAACAAGAAAUUGCUGCAACGAAUAUGCUGAUUUCCUUCAAAGCUCUUUUUGAAGAAGAGCCAGUGGACGGAGAAGAUCGCAAUGCUCGCCUCAUUAUAAGUUAGCGACGUCUCAGUCGGUCAUUUAUCUGAUAUCAGCACGCAGCGUCCUUUAUAAUAAAGGAAAUAAAAUAAACAAAAAGUUAAAAAGUGUAGCAGGUACAUGUAAGAGGAGACCAAUUUAUGUUCUCUUUGCGGUACUCGCGGCUCGGACACCAACAUGGAAGGUGCCACUGUCCAUUCAUGUUCAACAUUAAUUAGCCUUUGUACUGCAACCGUUAUGUCCCUGAGAUCGUUCCAAAGUGUGCGAUACAUACGCAUUACCCGUUGUCUCUGUUCAUUGUAGGUUCUGUUCUUUUGUCACCAAGAACCAGGGGAAUAUUGUGGAGGUGAGACGCCGCUUGUUAAAGGAGCCGACAUUCUUUCUCACCUGGAUCCGAAAAUUGUUCAAACUUUUGAUAAGAAGAGGGUCUGCUACGUGCGUUGUGCUCCUUCGAAAGAAACUGGUCUGUACCUCCCAUGGCAAGAUACGUUUAUGACAGAAGAUCCUAAGGUAUACAGUAAAAAUCUCACAAGCGUAGUUUUCAGGUCCUUGAACUGAGCGACGAUAAACCAUAUCACCUUUCCCAGGUAUAAAGGCGAUGUUACAAGGGAAGAUUCGCAACGACGAUUUUUUUGCGCAACGCUGCGUAGCAAUGUUGGAGCAAUGUUGGAACAUUCGAAAAACUGUCGCAACAAGGUUGAAAACAUCACCUUAGUGAACCCAUUUACUCCCAGUUGGCUUGCCAGCUCAGCUGGCUAGAGCGCUGCACCGGUUUUGCAGGGGUCGGAUCCCGGAAAACCUGAAUUUCUUCAGGCUUUAUUAAGCGCAACUGCUAAAGUUGCGUUUUUCACUGUAAUGGUCUUUUCCAUUUUUAGAGAUAAGAUGAGUUGCUUAACUACUGAGGGCGUUUGGAAUUAAAUCUGGAAAUAAGGGAUGGUAUGCCAACGUAAUCAUCUACCUCCUUUACAACUUUAAGAAGUUUUUCUUUUAUAUUUUUCUGAUAAAUCUAUGCUCUCAGCUGGGGAGUUCUGGUGUUUGAAACCUGAAAUUCAGGGUAAAAUGAAAGUUGUUUACAGGCCACAACUUCUGGAUUAUUAUAGGUUUCUGGGAAACUGCCCACCUACCCCUCCCCUAAGCCAACAUUGAAAAAAGAAAAUGAAAGCUGUCAAAAGCUGUCUAGACCACUCCCUGGAAAAGCCCAACAUUGCCAACAAAAAAAAAAUGAAAGCUGUCUGGAUCAUUAAACGUUUCUGGAUCAUUAAACGAAAAUUUCUAGGGGAAACUGAAAACUGCCCACCUACCCCUCCCCUAAGCCAACAUUGAAAAAAGAAAAUGAAAGCUGUCUAGGCCACAACUUCUGGAUCAUUAAACGUUUCUGGGAAACUGCCCACCUACCCCUCCCCUAAGCCAACAUUGAAAAACAAAAAUGAAAGCUGUUUAGGCCACAACUUCUGGAUGACUGUUCUGUACUUUUUAUUGCAGAUUGUAGAGCAUUUUCUCACAAAAAAUGGUUUCAGUUAUAAGUGGGAACCAUCCGGGACAUUGAUUUAUUGGAAUGUCCUGCCGGCUUUCCAACAACACCCGGAGACUGGGGAAACCAUGUGGUUCAACCAGAUUCAAGGGCAUCAUGCUUCGGCCUUAAAAGACAAUCCAAGGUAAGGGGCUAUUCACAUGAUACCGGAAUGACUUUCAUUUUGGGACGAGUUCAUUCUAUAUCUAUACAAGAGAUCUUCAUGUAUUUCUCUGUUACCGAAAGGACAUUUCGUUCCCGUACAAGUCAUUCCGGAAAAAUUAUCGUUCUGGUACGAAAUUUCAUUAUAAUGUAAACUGAAAACGAACUUUGUUCCGGAUUGAAAAUCGCAAACCCUAUAGUCUGGAGCGAGUGGCGCAUGCAUAUCUGAUCUGGCGCGAAAACCACUCGCGUGAACGUUUAGUGUUUGCUGUUAAAUUGGCCAAUUUUUUAAUGUUUAUUGUUUCCGGAGAAAAUACUGAUAAGGUUUUGGAAGGUUUUUUGUGCAAAAAUCGUAUCUGUACACUGUAAAAAAUAUGUCUUUCACAUGCGAAUAUAAUGACGAAAAUAAAGUCGAAAAUUUUCGGAUUUCUCCUCGGAAAUCUUCAGUCGUCGUCCGGAACAACUUUAAUACUCUUCGGAAAUCUUCGGCAGCAUUCGUGAAUCUUCGGUACUCUUCUAAAUAAUCGGGAAUUGUCGGAUAUGGCCGAAACCUCGUUGAUAUACUAAACAAAAUAAUAUUGACAUUUUCUGGAGCCGUUUUUGUUUCCUUUUUGGAAAAAAUUUACGGUUAGUGUUAAAAUGCCUAAAAUUUAACUGUUUCAUGUUACAGAUCCAAAAAAUUAAGUUUUUACAGGUCCUGGCUUUUAGUGUUAUCAAGCUACCCCCAUUCAUAUCCUCCCCUCAGUGACACAAGAUAUGCCGCCAAACACGAACUAGAGUUGAAAAUCUGUAUUCGAUCACUACUGCAAAUAACAGCACCAGUCAAAGUACAAGUCGAAACUUUCCUUAGCCUGCACAUGAUGGGUAGUUUUAUUGGUGUGUCUUUUACCUGUGGUUUUAAAGUAAGAGACAAAGCCCCGCGAAAACUAACAGAGGUCAAGCGAGAAAACGAUUGGGGAGGGGAGAGACGGGUAAAGGGAGCCUGUGUCUAGAAAAUUCAUCGUGGCGUAAUUCCUCUGAGUUAACGCGGGCGUUUGAUUCGCAGGAAAAAAAAAUAAAUGUAGACUCAAUGUCUAACGUGUCUCUGAAAAUAAUUUAAUUUUAAAAGACCUUUAGAUUCGAAUGCGAGAUUUUACUUAAAGUUUUUUCGCGUAUUUUCCAAAAAUAUAUUUCCAUCAGAAAAGUUAGCACGGUUAUUUUUAUUGAAGAAGGUUGAGCCCUCUCCCGAUAAAGUGAUAAAAUUUCUAAUGCUUGUUAACGUGUUUUCCCCACUGCGAUAUUCUUGCUAAAACUAGGGAAAAAAUGUCGACGGCUACCACGUUUGUCCGGAUGUCCGCCAAAAUGACGCUGGUUCACGCGUGCGCACUAGUAAGUAUUGACAAAAUCUUGUCCUCGUAGUUAUCCUCGUCUUGAAUUUAAAGGUCUCUAAAACUCGUAGUAGAAUUACGACGGCUAUCUUUUCCCGCCAAAAUGACGCUGGUUCACGCUCGCACAGUAUUGACAAAAUGUCGUCCACGUUGUUGUCCUCGUCGUAGAAUUUAAUUUCUAUUAGUAGCAGGCCAGCCAACCCGGUGCAAUGGGGUCUUAAAAAAAAGCGUAGAGAAGGCAGAAAGAAUCAACAACGACCAUUUUCCUUCCAUCUUUAGGUUCAAGGACUCGAAUCUUCCUUUUGACAAAUACCCAUACCACACCUAUUACGGCGACGGCAGUGAGAUUGAGCCUGUUGUCCUUGAAAAUAUAAGAGCCGUCACUUGGUCAUGCGCUGUAGGUUUUCGCUGGAGAACUGGUGACGUUUUAGUGGUUGACAAUCUUGCUGUACAGCAUGCGAGAAUGAGCUUCACUGGCCAGCGAAAAAUUUUGGCCGUCUUGUCACGAAACUGAGUGCAUUACCAUCACAUAACUUACUAAAACACUUGGUCAUGGCGAUUUUUGACAAGCGACAAGCAACGGAGGGGGAAGGAGGAAUUUCGUACAAUGAACUUCAUCGUGCCUCUAGAGAUGGGGACUCUCAAAUGAAAAUGACGGAGAUGCUUUUAAGCUCCAUUAAGGGUAGAAAUUCCAAAUUUUGAUCUAACGUUUUCCCUAGAGUUGUGCGUCAAAAUGUCUAUGGAAGAACAAACAAGCAAAUGUCUCCGCACUGUGUCAGAGUUUAGCCUUCUUUGGGGGUCAAAUAAAACCUAAGCCAUGGCCAGUUUGGUUUCUUUAAGGAGUUCACUGAAUUCUUAAUUUCCAACCAGUAUUCCCGUCUCUUCUUAUGGGAGUCCCCACAACCUCGCUUAAAAAGCAACCAGUUCUAGAGGAAAUUAUUAUAAUUGUCUAUUUCAAUAUUUAGAAUAUCAAGACUGAGGCAGUAGUAUAAGACAAAGUACGAAAAUAUCCGUAUCUGUGAGCCAAGAAUUUCACUGCCUGCUGGGAGAAUAAAGGUGGUGGAAAGAUGAAGGAAAUUGAGCCCUUAGGCUUUAACUUGUUUACUUCCGGAUAAAAAAGAUAAUCCUUUGUCGUUUCUGCUCUUUUGCCAAUCGUGGCCUAAUGGCCUGUUUAAGUGGAGGUGAAGUACCUCAAGCAGGUGAGGAUACCUUCUUACGUGGGGUAACCCUCAUGUCCGUAUAAUCUCUCAUAUGGUCACCCAACCCAUAAUGUUAACGUGAUCAAAUUAAAAUGGGAGAUUAUAUGGCCAGGCGGGUUGCCUCACCUACUUGGGGUCCCCCACCUAUAUGUAAACAGGCCCUAAGACAUUUAUGAAUGGUAACAAAAAUUGAAAACCCACGCUUUAUCUUUACUAAUCCAGAACGAAGAUAAUCUUAAAAAGAACGUUGAAUCUGUGGUAAUCAUUAUUAGUGUUAGUGGUGAGACCUUCCUAAUACGGGCUAGACUUGAGCGUACAUAUUGUAGAGGAGUUUUGUACUAUAGAGGUAUGAAUUCCGUGGACUAUUUGUUGUUUAUAUUGUAUAUAUGAACUCUCUGAUUGUCUAUCUGGGAUCACCAGAACUAUCCAUAAUAGAGAUGUGCCUACGUUAUGGAAGUAGAGGUUUGACUGUUCACCAAAUUCUUAAUUUGAGAAUUUUGUGAUAGCCAAUGUAAGCCAAUCAUGUCCACUCUCUUGCAACUUCAGCCAUGCAUUGGAGUAUUCGUGCUUGAAAUUAUUUUACGUACAAUUAGUACUUCUAACACGGCACCACAAAGUCUCCCAAACUGCCUUAUUAGGCUUCGGACUUUUAAAUUAGACCUAAAGCGUGGGGCCUUUUGUAGCCUAUUGUAAGAAUAUACCUGGAAACACUAAAUCAUGUUAGAAAAUUUGGAAAAAUUUUUACAAGUCACAUCUUAUGUUAACAGACUUGCCUAUGAUAAAGUUUACUACAAAUCAC